AUGCGAUUCUUUAAUGUUAUUACCCUUUUUACGGCCGCAGCGUCGGCUGCAACCCUCGAGGCUCGUGAAGAGGCAGAACUAGCCUCCCAGGGAUGCGGGAGCGGGGAGGUGCCCGACGAGUUUCUUCAACUAGUUGCGGAGCUGAGUGCCAAGAAGUCUCACUCUGUUCGUAGUGUGAAGAAGAGGAAGAAGUGUUCUAGGCGCCCUACUACUAGCCUUGCAAGUGUUCCAAGUGCUUCCGGUACCCCGAGUGCAUCCGGUACUCCAAGUGCUUCUGGUGCUUCUAGUGCUUCUGAUGCUCCGAGCACUCCAAGUAUUUCUGAUGCUUUUAGUACUCCAAGUGCUUCUGGUACCCCGGGUGCUUCAGGUAUUUCUGGUGCUUCUGGUACUCCGAGUGCUUCAAGUGCUUCAAGUGCGUCUGAUAUUUACAGCACCCCAAGCGCUUCUGAUGCUUCUACCACUCGAAUUGCUUCCAGCACUUCAAGUGCUUCGAGUACACCAAGUCCUUCCGGUGUUCCAAGUCCGUCUCCCCGGGAGAUCAACGUUUACAUCCAUGUGAUAUCUCCCAACGCCACUGAGGACUAUGUCACGGACGGCGGAAUCGAGAGACAGUUCGACAUGCUCAGGGACGAAUUUGCCCAGCACAACUUCACCCUGAAGCUCGGCGGAAGCGAGCGAAUCAGGAACGAGAGAUGGUCCAUGGCCCUCGACAGGAAUGUGUUCAAGAAGAAGUUCCGCAAGGGUAAAUAUACGGAUCUCAACGUCUGGAUCCUGAAAAACCUCAACGCCACGGGCGUCAAUGGCCGCGGCACUCUGCCAAAUAAGAACCACCCCGAGACCUCGAGCAACUUUAUAGAGGACGGCAUCGAGAUCCAAAGGAGCACCAUACCAAACAAAGAUGAUGGAGAUAAGUCCAAGGGCAAGGUGGGCGUCCACGAGAUGGGUCACUGGCUUGGUCUACUGCACACCUUCCAGGGAGGCUGCACCGGCAACGGUGACUUGGUGGCCGAUACUCCAGCCCAGAGCGGACAUGCGUUGUUGAGCUGCAAGACUCGUUAUAGCUGCCCUGGUGUCGGACCUGACCUGACCAACAAUCAUAUGAACUACAGCCCCGCGCAAUGUAGGACGUCAUUUACACCAGGCCAGGUUCAGCGAAUGCAAACCAUGUGGGAGGUUCGGACCAAGUAA